AUGGCGACUGACAAGCUCACUGUCCACCUUCCCGGCGGUGCGAUCCUAGCUAGACACCAGGAAAACCUCGUUCAUGCCAGGGGUAUCAGAUAUGCACACGCCAAGCGGUUUCAGAGACCCCAGUCCGUGCCAGACUGGGACGAAAUCCAGGAUUGCACACAGCGUGCUUCAGUAUGCCCCCAGAAUACUUCCCACCCAGUACGGGGUACCGGGGUUCUGGAUGGAAACAGGGAGCAGAGUGAAGACUGCCUGCACGUCAGUGUUGUGGCUCCGACGUCAGUGCAAGCAGCACCUGUCAUGGCCUUUUUACCUGGCGGUGGCUAUACUUUAUGGGGUGGUGAUAUUGACGCUUUCAUCCCCCACGGCCUGGCCAGGAAAGGCGUUGUUGUUGUUACCAUCACAUACAGACUUGGGAUUUUUGGCUAUCUCCCCAUUCCAAAUUUGGCCCCAGCAAACCUUGGGCUGCUCGAUCAAAUAGAAGCACUGCGCUGGAUCCAGAAAAACAUUGCAGCAUUCGGUGGCGACCCAGAAAAUGUCACCGUCUUCGGCCAGUCCGCUGGCGCCGACGCAAUAUACUGUCUUUUGGUGGCCGACAAUACCGACGAGCUCUUCCAUCGGGCAAUACUACAGAGCCCGCCGCUUGGUCGCCUAUAUGACGAGAACCGUGACGAGGCAACUCGUGCCAUGUCUCAACACGCGAGCAACGCGCUGUCUCAUACGGACCUGGCAGUGGCCCCUGUAUCCCACCUCCUCGACCUGCAAAAGCAGCUGCCACGCGUCUCCAGAUCUGUCUCGCCAACCCUUCUCCCAUUUCGUCCUCUAUUUGGCGAGUACCCAUUGCCGCCUGAAAGCCUCCACUCUGAUCGCUUCAUCUCUGCUGCCCGGGGCAAACUAGUAUUCCUGGGAUAUACCGCAGACGAGAUUACUUCCUUCACGCACAUGGACCCGAGGAAGUCAUACCUUUACAACCUCUUCCAUGGGGAAACCGAUCGCCUGCUUCAGCGUACCUCGACGGUACUUGGCAGGAGGCUGCCCAGUUCUGAGGUCCGGUGGUACCCUAAGGGAAAUAACAAGCUUAAAGCAACACACUGCAUAGAUCUGCCGUUCCUCCUAGGUGACUGGUCUGCAUGGGAACAUGCGCCAAUGCUUCAGGGAGCCGACGCCGAGAAGAUCGUCGAGAAAGUAGGCAUUGCCGUGAAAAAUUUAUGGGUUGCGUUUGCUCGCGGGGAGGAUCUGGGUGGCAGGAAAUACAUUAUUGAUGGGAGCUUCCAUUUCCCUUGA